AUGGAUGACAUCCGAUUUAAAGAAAACUUUCGUCUAAACAAAGAAGCUUUACACAAAAUAUGUGAAAAGGUUAAGGAAAUCGGAAAGUCCAACAGCAACAUGCGACUUUGCAUUCCACUUCAGAAAAGAGUGGCUAUUGCGUUGUAUGCGUUAGGUUCUUCAGCGGAAUACAGAACUGUAGCAAGUGUAUUUGGCGUAGGACGCACCACAGUUGGGGAAAUAGUUGUGGAUUUUUUGCACAAUUUUCUAAAAAUUGAAAAUGAUGAAAUUCCUUCUUCGUGGAUCCAAGAUGCUGCAAAAAUAAGUACAGAAAUUCAACCACAUCACCCUACAAGAGCUGGGGAAAAUGAUGUAACAGCAUCGGCUAUUAGAAAUGCAAUAGCUCUGAGUUUUCAUGAAGGUGAUGGUGACGGCAUCGGACAUGACGGUGAUGGUGACGGCAACGAAGGUGGCAGCGGACAUGAUGGCGAUGGCAACGGAGGUGAUAAUGGUGGGUCGGUCAGCGGCAACAAUUGGGUUAAUGUUGAAUUCUAA